CCCCCCGGUUCCACCGGUCUGAAAGCAUCUGGGUUUUCUGUCUGCGUUUCAUACUUACAACUUAUUAGUCAGUUUCAUUUUCGCUACCUCUGUUUCAUAAUUUUUGUAACUACUAUCUCAUUUAUUGAGGUUUGAAGGAUUAUUGUUCUUAUAGUGAGGAGUUUUUGACGGUUAACGCACCAAAAAGUGAGAAACGCGUUUUGAUGAGGAAGCGGCUAAUUAUGAUUUCAUCAGCUACAGGUGGGAAUAGUAUAUGAGAGAUUUCUAAUAUGUGGACAGAGAAGCAAAGAGGAAUCAGAGUUUCUCAGGAGGAGCUGCUCUGCAAGAAUGCCUGUGGGUAUUAUGGAAACCCUGCGUGGCAAGGCCUCUGCUCCAAGUGCUGGAGAGAGAGAGCACGUCCAGUUGAAUCCCAGAGACAAGACACAAGGCCAAGAAAUGAUGGAACUCCUCUCACCUUCUCCAAAUUCGAGGAGAAGAAAAACAUUGAGAAAGGUCAUCGAAUUAACACAAUGAGGAGACUCUUCUGGGGCAGCCCAUCGCCUCCAAAACGCCAAGAGUCUUCUGAAAGCCAAACAAAUGCAUUAAAAGCGUACCAGAGCCUUGAGCCUGGGGACUUCACUGGCUUCCUAAAAAUACUCAGAAGCCCUCCCUCCCAGCGCUUGCAGUCCCGAUGUACAGCUUUUCUCAACACAAUGGAGGCUUACCAUGAUCUGCCGGUACAGAAACAGUCGGAUCUUGUGCAGGAUUUCUACCAGUCUUUUGCUGAACAUUUUAGCAGUUUUACUGAGGCUCAGGCCACUCAGAUAAUGGAGCACGUAGAGAAGUUAAUAAUGACACGGUUGCAUAAAUGGGUUUUCUGCCAUGACAGCUGUGAUGAUGAACAGAAGGACUUGGCUCUACAGAGAAGGAUACGCUCCUUAAACUGGGUUACUCCGCAGAUGCUGAGCGUACCUUUUCCUGAUAAAAAGACUACAGUCACAAGUGACCCCUUCCUGUCUGCUAUAACAGCCAUAAUUGAAAUGGAUGCCAAACGAGCACCUCAGGACAAACUUGCCUGUGUGUCCAAAUGCAGUCAGCAUGUCUUUGAGGUGCUCUCCUCUUCGAACAGCGAGCCUGCUAAUGCUGAUGACUUCCUGUCAGGGCUGAUAUAUGUGGUACUGAAGGCCAAUCCACCCCGCCUACACUCAAACAUGCAAUAUGUGAUUCGGUUUGGUCUCCCUCACAGUUUGAUGGCAGGAGAGAGCGGCUACUAUUUCACAAAUUUGUCUUGUGCUGUGGCCUUCAUUGAAAAGCUGGAUGGACCAGCACUAAACCUCAGCCCAGAAGAGUUUGAGGGCUACAUGCUGCAUCAGCGUGCUCCCUCUACAAGGAAGAAGAGGCAGCAGUUUGUCGGUGACACACAGCACCUGUUAGAAGAGAUAAAAGACAGACAGGAGAAGCUGGACCAGGGGAUGGAUGCUCUCAACACGCAGCUACAAACGUGGGUGAAAGCAGUUCAUUCACAACUGGAUGAGGCAACAGCACAGUUUGCUCUGGUACAGAAGGAGAUCACAGCUCAGGCUGAUAUCUCACAGGUUUUUUCAUCCUCAACUCAUGAAGAAUCACUGCAAGGGGAUCAGGAAGACCAUUCGGUACGGGUGCUUACAGAUCAACAUGUAAAUCCAAAAGAUUCAGACUGUUAGCGAUACUAACAAAAACACCUAAUCUGGCACUUGACUCUUUUUAAUCAUCAGCACUAAUUUAUGUAGGAUGCAAAACAGAUGUAUAUUACAAUGCCACAUUUGCACAGGUUUCAACAGUAGGAAGCUGGGAUUUAUCUGCCAGUUGAACAUGAAGGAAAACCUUUUGAAGGAAAUUCUACAUUAGCUAUCACGGGGCACACAGAGGUUUUUUAAUGACUGUUAAAAAAUGUUGCAGAUUUGUAUCUUGUUUGAGGAUGAAGGCCAAUAAAAUACAUUCCAGUUUGUAGUAACAGGUGUGAUCAUAAGUAAUAUUUAAGCACUCAGGUUAUGAGGGCACCUAGGGGUAUCACCUAACACUUUAAGGGUGCUUAUUUAAUAUUAGGUUUUUCUAAUGGUGUACACCAAUGUGCCUAUAUGUAAACUGCUGUGAAGUUAAAAAAUAUGCUACAGUAAAAAUGUUGGAUGAUAGUUGUGGACCACUACAAGUCAGGCGGUGUAUUUGGAAAAAACACAUUUUCCAGGACUGUUCUCAAUAUGUUGCCUUCACUGUUUGUUCAAAGAUGAAAAAAGUGGUGCAAAAUAAUUUGUAGCAAUUCCUACAUGUUGCAGAAAGUAUGGGUUGUUUACAACGGUUACAGAAGUUACUGAAUAAAUGAAAGGGGUUUGUGUUGUGAUCAAUGGUGAUGAUGUACCCAAUUAUAUAAUUAAAGUUGACUUAUAUAAUUUAA